AUGUCCAUUGACGAGUAUACCAGUGCAUUCACAGACAAAAUGGAGUUUCCUUUACGCAUUGUCCCUGAUGAGCUAACAAAAAUCGAUAAGUAUACAAAGGGACUACCAUGGGCGUAUGUUGUCCCAAUACGCCAGGCACCUACUUUUAAGGCGGCCAUUUGGGAUGCUAAGUCUAUGGAAGAGACGAUCAAGAGUAGAGCCGCCAACAAGUUUGAAGUUGGCGGGAAGAGGAAGAAAACUGGUCACUAUGCCAAUGAAUGCACGACCAAGAUAGAAGAUUGCUUUAAGUAUGGUGAAGAAGGACACUUCAAGCAAGACUUCCUAAAAAGGGAAGGGGCUACAAAGCCAAACGUACCACCAAAAGGGACCUUUUUGGUCAAUGGUUUGUUUGCUCAUGUUCUGUUUGAUUUGGGGGCUACCCCAUCCUUCGUGUCUCUUGUGCUUAGAAAGAAGUUUCCAGACACUCCAGGGACUUUGGAUUCCCCUUUAGAGGUAGAGAUUGUGGAUGACCGUACCGUGUGUGCUUCGAGGGUUUUCCAUGGGUGUGUCCUGAACAUGUUUAGCGAGAGGUUCUCUAUUGAUUUGGUGUCGAUCCCGUUGAGGGGAUCAAAGGUUAUCAUUGGGAUGGAUUGGUUGGGCCCUAAUGGGGAUGUGAUUGAUUGCGAGCAGCAGCUGGUGAGAAUUCAAACCCCAAGUGAGGGAGAACUGGUUAAUACUGGCGAGAGAGCUUCACAUGGGCCAGCUCUCUAUUCAACCAUGUGGGCCAGAAGAUAUCUGCAGCAUGGUUGUUUUAGGUUCUUAGCUUAUGUUUUUGACAUGUGGGUUGAGGCUAUGAUGAAGUUGACUAGGGUGCCCAUUAUGCGGGAUUUCCCAAAUGUUUUCUAUAAGGAUUUGCCUAGAGUGCCUACCAAGAUGCAGGUUGAGUUUCAGAUUGAUUUGGUGCUUGGUGUGGCUUCUGUAGCCAAGGCGACGUAUCACCUAACACCACAAGAGAUGGAGGACCUGUCUGCGCAGUUGUAG